GAACCCUUCUCCGCGGACCUUCUUCUCCAUCCCUGCCUGCCUCAUCGUGGACCGGCCGGCGAAGAGGACGACGGUACGAGCUCGCGCCACCACCACCCCCGACCAGGAGACUCAAAUCCCAGCCCCUCUUCACUCGACCGCCGCCCCAGCUCGAAGGCCCCCUGGAAUUUCCCUGCUGCCGCCGCCGUCGCUGUUUCCCCUUCUCCCCACCUGGUAUGGCCGCGUGAUCUGGCCAGGGUUUGGAUGAAGGAACGGAAGCCGGCGGCCCCCUCUGCGUUGGCCCGGAUCCUCGCCACCUGCGCGUCCCAGGCAAAAGAUUAUGGGAGAUGCAUAGCAGCAAAGGUCCCUGAGAUUGAACAUAAUAUGUGUUCUAAGGAGUUUCUAGCACUCAGAGCAUGCAUGCAAACUGCGGUCAAGAAUAAGGCUUGAAGUUCAAGGCGUCUGUAGUUUGGUGUUAACCACCUUUCAGUGUGCUCUCAGAUGCAAGGAGGUUUGAGCAGCCCUGGUGCGCUCUCUCAUGCUUAUGUACAACAUCCUCCACUACGGUGUGACAUUCCAGAUAUUAAGGGGCUAUUUUAUGAUGAUGCGAAUAAGUUUCUUGUAGCCCCAACAGCUGAUCGGAUAUUAUACUGGAAGAUAGCUGCAUCUACUCAAUCUGGACCUCCAAACUCUGAUCCAAUUAAUGAAGGCCCCAUCUUAUCAGUUCGAUUUUCUCUGGAUCAGAAAGCCAUAGGGAUUCAGCGAUCCAGUCAUGAGGUGGAGUUUAGAAAUAGAGAAACAGGGGAAGGCUGUAGUAAGAAGUGCAGAGCAGAUUCUGAGACCAUACUGGGAUUUUUCUGGACCGACUGUCCCACUUGUGAUGUCAUAAUUAUAAAAACAAGUGGGCUAGAUAUGCUUGUCUAUGAGCCUCAAUCAAAUGCUCUUCGGUUAGUGGAGUCAAAAAAGUGCAAUGCCACCUGGUAUCUUUACACUCAUGAAAGCAGGUUGCUUCUUCUUGCAUCUGGAAUGCAAUGUACGCUGUUCACUGGAUAUCAGUUUUCUGCUGGUGGGAUCGUCAAAUUGCCUAAGUUUGAGAUGGUGAUGUCUAAAUCCGAAGCAAAUAACAAGCCUGUCCUAGCUGCUGCUGAUGUUCACAUCGUAACAGUGUAUGGUAGGAUUUACUGCUUGCAGCUGGAUAGAGUCGGCAUGGCAUUGAACCUGUACCGAUUCUACCGUGAUGCUGUUGUACAACAGGGUACUCUCCCAGUAUAUUCAAGCAGAAUUGCAGUUAGUGCAGUUGACAAUAUAAUCAUGGUCCAUCAAAUUGAUGCGAAAGUUGUCAUACUUUACGAUGUAUUUAUGGAUUCUUACGCACCAAUAUCUGCACCACUUCCAUUGCUUGUGAGAGGACUGGCCAGCAAUAGUAAGCAAGCAGCACAACCUGCAGAUCAGCAAUCAAGUGCAUAUGGCGGGACUUUAUAUGGAGAAGGUUGGAACUUUCUCAUUCCUGACCUCAUCUGUGAUGCUGAGAAUGGGCUACUCUGGAAACUUCAUUUAGAUCUGGAGGCUAUUGCUGCUAGUACUUCUGAUGCUCCUUCGAUUUUGGAAUUCCUUCAGAGACGAAAGUCUGACCUGAGUAUGGUUAAGACACUAAGCCUUGCUAUAGUUCGAACAACCAUCUUGGAAAGGAGGCCAAUAACUUUGGUUGCAAAGGCAAUGGAUAUCAUUCUUGAUUCAUACUCUCGUUCGAUGAAAACGGUAGGCGGUGCUGCUGGGGUUAGGAGGACGUCUGAGCAAAACCAACAGUCAAGUUUUCAGCCUGUUGAGGACUCCCGUGUGGUUUCUCAGGAACCUCCUGGAACCAUGAUUGGACCUGUUAUCAACACUGAUUCAGCAAGUGGGGUUGAGAGUAGACAGUCACAGUCAAAUUCAGGAGUUGAGCAUGGAAUUGCUAACCUGGCAGCACAUGUAGAUAGGUCAUCUUUAAACACAUCCUCUGAUUCUGACGGUAUUACCAAUACAUCGAGAGCGGUAAGUCAGGCAACAUCAAGCUCCCAGAUAUCUGACGCCACUGGCAAAAGACCGCAGGUUGUAGGCGAGGAUAGCCAACCAUUGGCUUCUGGUACAUCAAUGCAGCAUGGAACACAUGUUGCUAGUGUGGCAAUUUCACCAAUUGAAAUGGUCCAGUCCGUCUUUGUGCUUGUUGAAGAUGAAAUGAUGGGUGAUCCUGCAUACCUUAUUGCUGUCAUCAUGGAGUUUCUACGAAGCCUGUCAAAAGCUGGGCUGAAGGCUCCUCCUGACCUUUAUGUCAUGAUGACUGCUUUGCUGGCCUGCAGCAACCGUUAUGCUGAAAUAGCACUGUUUGUAUCGAACAAGAUCCUAGAGCCGUCCAGGGAACUCGCAAUGCAGCUCAUUGAACUGGGUCGACAGCAUUCACUGACAAGGAAGCUGGGAGUCGACAUGCUCCGGGAGAGGUGCCUGCACCAUGACUACGUUGCCGCAUUACUCCAAGACGGGUACUACCUGGAGGCUCUACGCUAUGCUCGAAAAUACAAGGUUAUCACCGUGCAGCCUUCCCUGUUUUUGGAGGAAGCCGUGGCCAAGAACAGCACGCCGAACCUUGCCGCCGUGCUGAGCUUUUUUGCUGAGCUCACGCCGAGUUUCAAGACGACGUUGGACUAUAGCAGAUAUCGGCACAUACUGUUGGAAAUGGUCUGAACUAUGCAUCGUUAUUCCGCGGGACGGUUCUCUUUUUGAUGCUGUUGAGGUUUGGAGGAAGCGUGUAAUAAUUCACGACUUUGUUCACCCUGUUUAAAAGAUAUCUAUGCUUGUACUCCGAAGUCAUCAUUAAUGGUCUCGGUUGCUUUGGGUGGAUUCGCUGA